CAGGUCAAAACAGCUGCUGCGGAUCCUGACGCCUUUGUUUAAACACAUUAUCGCGUUACUUUUUUAUUAUUUACUCUCUACCAUGCAGCGCCGUGCUUAACUUAGGUCGUAAAUCAACAGAAAUGAAGUCAUCGGUAACUGUGUGAGGCUAAAAUUUUGGCCGGCCCCUCACGGAUCAGUCUGCGUUGUCUCUUUGCACCGUGUCAACUCUGCAGCUGAUCGGAAGAAAAUUAAUUUGUAAAGAUGAGCGGCAGGAAGCAGGGCAACCGGCGGGCCCCUCGCAAGCAGACCCAGCAGCAGCAGCGGGUGCCGCGAGAUGUGGUCGAUCACGACCCAAAGUACACAUGGGCCUGUAGCUGGAGCACCGUGCAGUCAAACAAAGACGGCUUUUUCAAAGCGAUAUUUGAAGGAUUCGAGGAUUCGCUGAACAAGUCGCAGUUGUCCACGUUCGCAAAUCUAGACAGCGAUGCCCGUCGCGUUGCCUACCUAUUGCGGCAGGAGCAGGUCGAGAAUUUGAAUCCCGUGCCGAUGUUCAGACAGAAAAGUACCAAAGAGGCGAUAGGUCUCAUGCUGCAGGCUGAAAAUAUGAUGGAAAAAGGAAAUUCAGGCGGUGCUCUUAACAUUCUCAGCAUGGCCAUUACCAAAGCCCCAGGAAAGGAAGGAGAAGAGGGCGAGUUGGUGUGUCGUCUGUUGACCCUGCGCUCGAAGGCCCUUUCCGCGCUCGAGCAGCACGAGCUGGCACUCAAAGACACACAGACGGCCCUUUGCGUCGGCGUACCUGACCCUUUAGCCAGGGCCCAGCUGCUGCGCACGCAAGGCCACGCAUACUUCUCGCUCGGCGAUCAAAUGAGGGCAAAACUGGCGUAUAUCAGCGCACAGAGAUUGCUGGACCCGAAAAACUCUAAAUCAAACCAACUCAAAUUGGACCUAGACGAAGAAAUUGCAGAAUGCCUCAAUGCUACGAAGAACAACUCGAAAAAGGACGACCACUCAGAUGAAAAUACCUGCCCAAAGCUGACUGGGGGAGAAAACCAAAGCAUUCCAAACACUUCUCUGCUGCUGGGGGUGCAAGAAAGCGCCCAAACUGGACGAUUUAUUGUUGCCAAGAGCAAAGUCGACGCAGGGGACCUCAUAGCCGCUGAGCCCGCCUAUUGUUGCGUGCUGCUGCUCGAUAAGGCUGGAACUCACUGCCACAACUGCUUGGCAAGGUUAGUGGCGCCAAUUGGCUGUCCUGAGUGCAGCGGAGUCGCGUUUUGCAGCCGCGAGUGCCAAAAGACGGCGUGCGACACUUAUCACCGGAUCGAGUGCCACUUCUUGAACCUCUUCAUUGGUCUCGGCAUGAGCAUUCUCGCGCAACUAGCGCUUCGAUUAGUCACACGAGCUGGUUCUGCGAAAAAAUUCCUUCACUUGUGGGACAGCGUUCAUCGUCCAGCGGAGGGCGUGGAGGAGCAAAGCGUGUCCGACUACCGACGCCUCUUACGCCUGGUGCACCACCCUGAGAAGAGAGGGACGCGUGACUACCUGAGCCGCACCCUGAUGGCCGUCUUCCUGCUCAAGUGUCUGCAGAAGAGCGGCCGCUUUUGGCCGCCGGACGAGAAGAUCAGCGCCGAGGAAGAGCUGAAGGUGGCCGAGGCGCUGCUCAGGCACCUCUGCCUGCUGCAGUUUAACGCGCAUGAGGUCUUUGAGACCCUGGCCUGGGACCGCACCAAGGUCAAAGGCACUAAGACACAUUACAUCGGCGUCGGCGUCUACCUCAGCAUCGCUCUCUUCAACCAUGACUGCAAUCCGGCCGUCGCCAGGACUUUCAGCGGCACGAAAAUGCUGCUGCACGCGUUGCGACCGCUGCACCCCGGCGAGAUGGUGGGCGAGAACUAUGGCCCAAUGUUCUCGAACAAGACGCGUGCAGAGCGACAGAGGAGCCUGAGGGCCAGGUAUUGGUUCGACUGUGCCUGCCAGGCGUGCUCCGAAAACUGGAACACCUUCGAUCAGGGAAUCAAGUCACCGGACAAGACUCAGGCCUUGCAGAAAAUGUUCGACAUGGGCUUCGAGGCCAUGGAAGCCGGAAAAUUGGAAGGCGCCGUCUACCUGCUCAGCCAGUUCAUCAACACCAUUGAUGGUGACGUUACCAUGCCCGACAGAGAAGUAUGCUUGUCCAUCGAUGCGUUACGUCUGUGCUUGAUGAAUUUGUGGGGAAAUGUGGUCGUAAUCCAGCCUCUGAAGAGUGAAGAGAAAAUCCAGAGAACGUUAGAUGAAAGCACUGUUCAAAUAACUGAACUUCUCACUUUGGAAGAUGUGAAAUAAAGGCUUCAAUUUUAAUUUUAAAGUAAUUUUAAAUAAAUAAAUCAGACUUUAUAAUAAAUUAUGAUGAAAUUUAAA